CCUGGCUACUCAGCUAGUGGCUCCACUCCACUAUUCCACUUCACAUCUCCCAUAGAUAUGAUGUUUAAUCUCUGAUCCCCCAUUGUUGCAUGAUUCACAAAAACCCUGUCAUCAAUUUCAUCAUACAUGCAUAUAUGCACACAAAUGGGUGCUUAUCAUUCUUGAUUAUAUUCCUCACCCACUUUUCCCUCUCCCAAUGCCAUAAAGUUGGGCCUUUUUCCUUUCCUUCACUCCCCAUUGGAUCCAUCCACUACACUGCAUCUUCUUCCUCAAAGUGUGUGUUGUUUAUCUUCUUGAAUGAAUUGAAAACUGCUGCAUUGUAUUGGUGUUUUUGAAUGGGGAAGUUGAGGUUUGGUAGGGUGUUGGAUAGUCUGUGUCUUAGUUCUGGGUCUUCAGGGUCUUCUUGUUUCUGUGGCAUCAAUAGCUUUGGGAGCAGCCAAGAUGGUGGUGAUGAUCAGUUUGAGAAAAGGCCACUCAUGUUGGGUGACCACCCAAAAGAUGGGGCUGUUAGGUUGAAGGAUGUCAUUUCUGGACCUCCCACCCUGGCCUUUCAACUCAAGCCUAAGAUGGUGGUUCUGAGGGUCUCCAUGCAUUGCUAUGGUUGUGCCAAGAAAGUGGAGAAACACAUCUCCAAGAUGGAAGGAGUGACUUCCUAUCAAGUGGACUUGGAAACCAAAAUGGUGGUUGUUGUAGGAGACAUUGUUCCUUUUGAAGUAUUGGAGAGUGUUUCCAAAGUGAAAAAUGCAGAGCUUUGGACUAUCACUACUCAAGAAAAUACGAAAGUCAUAUGAACCGAAGUCGUGAUAGAUGCUAUCUAGAGUAUUAAGAAUACGGGUGUUAUGGGAUAUUUUAAUAUAUAUGGAAACCAAGAAUAGGGCAUACCUACAUAGAUGAUUUUUGUGCUAUAUCUAUGGAAUUUAGUAUUUGUAAAUCCCAGUGAUUAUAUCAUAUCUCUGUUCAAGGGAGCACAUUUCUUAGGGUU